AUGACUAGCACUCAGGCUGCUAUCACGUCACUGGAGGCAAGUCAGCGGAACCAGGGUGCCAUUUUGCAGGAUCUGCAGACCCAGGUGGGCAUCUUGGCCCGCCAAAACACUACCAGGGCACUGGGGACUCUGCCUGCCACCACUGUUCCGAAUCCUCGAGAUCCUCACCAGCACCAGCAGCUGGAUGCCAUUUUUACUAGGAGCGGUAAGACCAUAUCUGUUGAUCCUGUCCCGGCCAGACAGGAGUAA